AUGAAUCUCACCAACUCCAGCAUAGAAUUCCCACCGCCACCGUUAGCGGGCGCCUCGUUUGCCAAAACGGCGAUACCGUACUCGAUAUGUUUUGUUGUGGGAACACUCGGGAACACCGCUGUGCUAAGCUACGUGUUUUUCAUCACGAGAUCCCUGAAAUCCUCCGUCACCGCACUCGGGAACACCUUCAUCUACAUCGUCGCGUUAUGCGCCGUCGACUUGUUGGUCACCGUGUCCAUCCCAUUCUCCCUCUCCAACAGUAUCCUCAACAAUUGGGUAUUCGGAGAGCUGGCGUGCAAGAUUCAUUGGAUGCUCGAGCUAUCGAAUAAGAUGUGCUCCACAUUUAUCCUCACCGCGUUAGCAUUCGACAGGUACAUGGCUAUAUGCCAUCCUGAAAUCAAAAGGAUACAUGAGAUGCGUCACACCAUCUACAUCACCACAAUCCUUGCAUCAUUGUCAUUUGUCUUAAUAUCUCCAUUCUUCCUCUACGCGAGAGUCACAAGUUUUGGAAACUUGGGAUACUACAUAAGCUCGAAAAAUGAACGACAUCCCGUCACUCGCCUAAUGUGCACCGACGGGCUGGGACGUGAAUGGAAGCUGUGGGUGUCCGCAUUUCUAAUAUUCUUCGCGUUCGUCUUGCCGUGCACUCUACUCACGUAUUUCUACGCGAAAAUCGUGCUUCGUCUGAGGAGACAAAGAAGAACAAUGCUUCAAUCCCGAAUCCCCCUCCGCCGCAUCACCAUCUACACCAUGGCGGCCACGUUCUUCUACCUCUCCUGCCAAAUCCCCUUUUGGCUCCCACAAAUCUACGGAAUAUCCUCCAUAGUGCUCGGCUUCAAAGUCAACCCAAGAUUCAUGACAUUCACCUACUAUUCACACCUUCUUCCGUUCAUCUCUGCCGCAUUCAAUUGGAUAUUUUAUGCAAGACUUAACAGUCAAUUCAAGAAAGGAUUGGUGUUGGUGACGGAGCGGAUGAUAAGGAAACGGACGAGAAGUUUACAUCAGAGUGAGAAAGGGGGGUACAGUGAGGCUGCAGUGGAGCUCACGAGCAAGUUUGACGACGUUCCAUUGAUGUGCCCACACUGUGAAGCUCAGCUGUCUAUAAGGUCGAGCAGCAACGGGAAGAAGGCAUCGCGUUGA